GAUACGUCGGGACUUAAGUACUAUUGGCGCUGUACGCUGUGUUGUGCUGUAGUGGUCGGUCAAAGCAGUGCACCCUUUGGGGACAAAAUUUGGGCGGACGUUGAAAUUUCGUGGCACGUAUGCGAGAGCGUCGAAGACAGCUGCCAAUUGCGCCAAUCUGCUAACAUCUUGUUCCCUUCUUUCUGUCAUGAGCUUGUAUUAAUCAUUGUAAAUCCUAUAGCUAGCUAUGUCUUGUACCAAGUCUCCAUCCCCAGCUAUGUCCCAGGUUCAGGUCGAUUCCCUGCCUUCAGAGUCUACCGAUCGUUCAAACCUGAGCCUACUAUCCCUCUCUGUUGCAGCUGCGAGCGUAUCGCCGAUAUCCAUCACACAGUCUGCGGACACAGCUGUCCAACCAUCUCAUGUGGGAACCAACUUCGGUCACAAGCAUCGUCGCUUGUCAUCAACUGGCAAGACCAGAAGGAGAAUGAGCGAUGCCCGCGACGCAGCUACCCGACCUUCACCAGCAUCCUUGCAGAAUGCGGCUUUGUCCUCACUUGCGACGUUGUCUCUUUCCUCUUCGCCUCCCAGCAGUAAUACCCAGGGCACUUCCCUGAGCGCGGUAUCUCGAAGUGUUCUUGAUACACAGGGACUUGACCCGAUUCCUGGCGCGCAGGGAGAUGAUGCCACAGUACAAGGCGGGAGCUUCGACGACAAUGAGUUGUCAACAUCGAUUCAUACCCGCAACGCUCUGGGUACCAACGGCGGUGUCACGAAGGGCGGAAAGAAGCGCGGCACCAUAUUUACGUGCGAAAGCUGCUCGAAGGUCUACCGACAUCCUUCUUGUCUUAUUAAACAUCGCUGGGAACAUACCCCCCAGUGGCGUGAAGCCUCCAAGUUUGUACUGAGCAAACAUCAGCAGGUCCAAUUGUUGGAGGCUGCUGCCAUAUUGUCGCAUCUUUCACCGUCAUCUACCACCGGGACCUCACUUCCCGAAGAUCGCUCUCUUUGGCCUUCCUUCCUUUCUGGCGGCAUAGUUCCGCCUCCCGCUCCUGGGAGUGCACACGAAGGAUCUAGCCCAUCGUCCCCUUCGAAACCAAUAUCCAGCUCCGUUCCGGCAACCUCUGUCCUCGGCAGCGCGGGCCGUGCAGGGUCAACCGGACCGCGUCUGCAUGACUACUCUAUUCCCCAGGCCACCGGUCCAGGUGGCAUUACCCAGCUGCGCCCAGGCCUCCUGGGCGUGUCCACCACCCCGAACUCGCGGGCGCCGAGCUCCCCAGUGCCGGUCCCUGUAGCACCUGCUACAGAUGCCGACGCGCGGAACCUUCUGGCUCUGGGCUCUGCUAGCGUGCACUCAGAAUCCUGGGACUCGCCGACCUCAUCCUCGUUUUACGGCGUUUCGUCGGUCCCCUCCGCCUCCGCAUCCCUCUCGCGUUCGGGAUGGUCCCACCCGCGCUCGUCUGUGCGUUCAAUGUCCGCUUCCUCUCAUUCUAGCGACGACGGUGAGCCCGCCGACGUGGAUGACAUUACAUCUGCCAAUAUGCAUAUGUACGGGCGGGUGAGCGGUACACGGUUCAGGUGGAAAUCCGAAGAGGAAGAUGCUGUACUGUCGUUCAGCGUGCCUGAGGAGGUCGAGGAGGAGAACGUGGGGCCGGGCGUGAAGAAGAAGUCAGAGGAACAAUGGGACGGUAUGGAAAUGGAUAUGGAGAUGGAUUGAUACCAUCCUGGAGUUGGCUCGGGAACGCAAGUCUUUGAUCGACCACGCGCAUUAAAGCAACCAGCAGACGAAGUUUUUCCGAUUCUAUUAAAUUCGCCUCGCCUCGAUUGUAAUUUCUCUCACAACAACAAACGUUCGCUCAUCGUGUGCUCAUUAAACCUACCGCAUCAUCCAUACCUCCUCACCUUUCUGGCAUGGGUUCUUUUCCCUUCGUUUUCCUGUUAUUUGUUGUGUUGUUGACUUGUAAUUCUCACUCCGUCACUCGAUCUUUUCGUUUUCGUUUUGUGACAUUAGUACAAGGCAUCUUGUGGAUUUUUUAUUCUUCGGUGUAUGUAUCAUUAUUGGAUGUAACACAAUGUGGAAUGAAUUAUUGAAUAUUGA